AUGCGGUCCGAAGGAGGCCUCAAACUGGCUGGGAGCAGCUUCUCGAGCUUGCUGAACGUGCAGAAUAACAGCACGCACGUCAAGCAAGAGCAAACAUACUCAUACCUCUGCUCUUUGACGCCCAAAAGCGACAAGAGUCCGGAUACAUCGGGGAUCGACAGUCCCAUGUCGGCACAGCUUACUUCCAGCCCUGAGCACAUCGAUGAGAACCAUUUGAUAAGGUUUUAUUACCCGUCGAAUGGGUCCAGUCAGACGUUGCUUCCGUUCGUCGGCGAGCAUUGCGAAGAGGAUGUCCGUACUUUCAACAACUACCGGCUAUUAGACUCCCCGCAUUCCUGCCAAGGCCCUGACAACGCAUUGGCGACAUCCUUGCAAUCAUUCGACGCCGAUCAAGGCCCUUUGCCGAUUUCCUUGUCCGACCAAUACUUCGACGAUCACUUCCGCUACAGUUCCCCAGAAGCCGAGCACAAAGCGCCGGAAACGAAUGCGCAGCAAAGUGCAGCAACGCCUAGUGGCAAGAAACAGAAGCGUGGCAAGGGCCGCAAACAAGUUCCGAAGGUGCCGGGUGUGGCGGUGGUGAAAAAGCGGCGCCUGGCCGCCAACGCGCGCGAACGCCGCCGCAUGUAUAACCUCAACAUUGCAUUUGACAAACUGCGAAAUGUCCUGCCUUCUAUUGGAAAGGAUCGGCAGAUGUCCAAGUUUGAAACGUUACAAAUGGCGCAGAGUUAUAUCACGUCCCUCGCAGACUUGCUCUGCAAAAAGUAA